AAAAAGUACUCAGAAAGAAAGACAAAUUGAUCAUGAGCUCUAUUUCAACACUGAAGCUUCCCCUGAUAGAUCUGUCCGAAUUAGAUGGCUCGAAGCCAGGAUCGGGUCGAUGGGACUCCUUGCAAAAUCAAGUCCGACAAGCCCUUGAAAAAUUCGGUUGCUUCGAAGCUUUGUAUGAUAAGAUGACCCCAGAGCUUCACAAUGAUGCGUUCCAAGAAUUGGAGGAAUUGCUCGAGCUUCCGACCGAUGUGAAGUGCCGGUUUGACUUCCCGAAUAAGCCGUACAUCGGCUACCUCGCAAAUCUUCCUCAUGCGCCUCUCUACGAGGCGUUUGGAGUGGGCUAUGAGCCCAAUUCGGGCUCGAUCGAAGAAUUAGCUGAUCUCAUGUGGCCAGAGGGAAACACAAGAUUUUGCGAGACACUGAAUACGUAUGUUAUGAAGGUUUUGGAAUUGGAUUCACUGGUGAGGAAACUGGUUUUGGGAAGCUUGGGCGUAGACAAGUACGUGGGGUCGCUAGCCAAGUCGGUCAAAUACAAUUACCGUCUCAUGAGAUAUGCAGCUCCUGGGACCGAAGAGUCCAAGAAGCCCGGGACUGUGAGCCAUCGGGAUGCGAACUUAGUGACCAUACUUCACCAAAAUGAUGUGAACGGAUUGGAAGUGCAAACUAAGGACGGAUGUUGGAUCGAGGUCGCCCCUUCCUCAACUUCCUCCUUCAUUGUCCUCGCCGGGGAGUCAUUCUAUGGAUGGAGCAAUGGGAGAUUACACAGCCCUAUUCACCGUGUAAUGAUGAGCGGGCACGAGCCAAGAUAUUGCAUGGGGCUCUUCUCUUCUGUUCAAGGAACGAUUCAGUGUCCAGAUGAGCUUGUAGACGACCAACACCCUUUGCUUUUUAAGCCCUUUGAUAUUGCCGGUCUCUCCCGCAUCUACAAGAUCAAAGAGGGCCAAAAUGGAGCUUCGGCGAUGGAUACCUUUUACAGGAUUUGAGAUCGAGGCGCUGUCGAAGCAUUGUCUGUCCUUUCGCCCCAUCAAUCAACCGCAAGUCAAGCCUUAAGGAAUAUGUUUUACAGUCGUUAAUAAUUAAUUGUGUGGACGGUCGCUCAAUAAAUGAGAAGCAUAUUAGAUUUCCCUUGCUUUCCCCUUCUGGAGCUUGUUUAGGUUACAAUCAUCUGACCCCACUGCUGAUGCUCGGAGCUUAUGUGCUUCAGGCUGUUGAUGAUGAGAUUGCAUCUAGCAAGCAAGUAUUGUAAAAGAAAAUGACAAAGAAAUGGGUGUUCAUGAAUAAAUUUCCUUUCUUUUCUCUCUUCUAUGGAAAAAAAAACUCUUUAAUUA